CUCAAAACCCAAUUCCAACUCGUGACACCAUGCCCCUAAACCCGCCAACCACCGAAACAACCUCUACCUUCGAUGCAGACCUAGCAAACCGCCACAUUAUAUACGACUAUGAAGCGCACGACCACGACGGCAACCCGGACAAAUGGCGCUACGAAAUAUGGUUCUACAACGCCGACCGCGUGAUCUACAGUAUCCAUGGCGGACCCAUGGCCGGCCGACGAAACUACCAAGAAGCAACAUACCAGUGCAUUCGUCCCGGGGAGUUGUGGCAGUGUAAUUGGCUCGAGGAGACGGGGUCGAUUUGUUCACUUGUCUUUGAUAUUCCCCAGGGGACAGUUACGACGUUGUUGGGUUUAUCGAGGGGGCAUUGGGAGCGAAACGGGGCGGCGAAGGGGAAUAAAAAGGUGAAGGAGGAUUUAGAGAGGUGGAGAGGGUUGGCGGAGGUGGGAAGGCAGUCGGAGAGGAUGAUGUUGAGCAAGCAGGCGAGUAUUGUGGAGGAUUUUAGGGGGGCGGGGGAGUUGGAAGGGAUUGAGAUGGAUUGGCCUACAAUCUGAUGUGUUGAGGAUAAGAUUGGAUGUAUAUGAAUAGAAUCUCUAUAUUUUGUUGUCCUCUAUAAGUGGUGCAUGUAUAUCCGACCAGAGAUACUCAAACAUGAUCCAUUCAAAAGAUCAAAAGCGUAUAUAUACAAUCCACAGCAGGCUCUCAUGAUGCCAGGGAGUGACAGCCAAUGUAAGCUGCGAUAGAGCUAGCGUGAGUGAUAUCCAGAGGUCAUUGAAA